GGGAGAGCGUUCAAGCGAUUUUUCAGACUUCCGGUUUUUACCCCGCGAGCGUUUUUAGUAAGUUAGGUAUUGGAUUAUGAUUGUGUACACACUCGAUUGUGUAUGCCAUGACCUACAUUCAAAUAAAUAGCUUUAACAUAAUAGAAAUUACUUUUCUAUGCGGGCUAUAUGGCACUGGUAGUGGAAUUGUGAGUUAGUCGACUUUGACAAUUUGAAUCUAAUGAUACAGUGUAGUUUUCUUCUUCAUCGAUACGGCCUGUUUUCCCGCUGAUCCACUGCAUGGCACCCUCAGCAGAUGUCAGGUUUUAUACAAGUGGAUUUGACCUGAGUGACCUACAAACAAUUAAAACCUUGCUAAAUAAUUUAAACAGGAAUGGCACCCUCGGAAGAUAAAAGAAGAUGGCGUCCAAACUCGAGAAUGUUCUUUGCUGCCAUGUGUUUUGUGGGCGUGACCAGCAUGGAUUCUUUGCGUGUCAAUCCUAGCGUCGCCAUCACCGCAAUGGCUGUAACCAAUCACAAGCAAGGAAACUUAUCACAUGAUCAAAACUAUUCCACGCACGCGUGUAUCAAUGUAGCUAGCAUGGAGGAUACAAAUGAUACAGAUGUAAAGGCUGAAUUUACAUGGAACAGUCAAACACAGGAGCUUCUUCUUUCAGCUUUCUUCAUCGGGCUUCCCAUAACCCAGCUCUUUGGUGGCUGGCUCGCCGAUAGAGUAGGCGGGAAAUGGGUAGUAACGGUCGGAGCUGUGAUGACUGCCGCAAUGAAUAUGCUAGUACCCGUAGCGGCGAGGACAGGAGUUGCUUAUUUCUUCGUAGUUCGGUUGAUGGCUGGACUCGCUGAGGGUACUGUUAUCCCUGCUAUGUUCACAAUGAUUGGAAAAUGGUCAACAGUUGAUACAAAUACAAGGAUAUCAUCAUUUGCCCUUGCCGGGGCUCCAUUCGGAUUGGCGGUAGGACAGAUGCUAUCUGGUCUGAUAUGCUCCACACCCUGGCUUGGUUGGCCAUUCUCCUUUUACAUCUUAGGUUCAAUCGCUCUCUUUUGGGCUAUGACUUGGGGACUCUUAAUUGAGGAGCAACCAAGAGUUUCAACGGCUUCGAUUGAAGAAGAGCUUCAGAAUGAUGACAUGCAAACUAAAAAGGAUAACAAUUCAAAGAAGCCAUACCCGAUCUGCAAAGUUCUGACGUCACCUCCAGUGUACGCAUUAAUCAUCAUCCGUUUUUGCAUCCAGGGCUGGGUUGUUGGAACACUUCUCACCAAUCUUCCUAUUUUUAUGAAAUACAUCCUAGGGUUCACCGUGAGAGAGGUCGGAUUUCUAGCUUCUGUUCCUUACAUCUGCCAAAUGCUUACGGUUAUAAUGACGUCACAGAUAUCUGACUAUCUCAUUGGUCGAGGGACUAGUGUUACACUGGUUCGGAAGGCAACAGCAGACAUUGGUGCUAUAUUAAUAGCUGGGUCACUUAUUCCCGUUGCCUUUCUUGUUUGUAACCGUUACGUCGGUUUGGCACUGAUGAUAAUCGCAACCAUAGGAACGGGUGUAGCCUAUCCAGCGGUUUUCUCAAAUACGGUUGAUUUGGCGCCGCGGUCAACCGGUACUCUCUAUGGAAUCUCCAAUACUCUGGGGAUGUCGGCAAGUUUUAUAUCGCCGAUAAUAACCGGACUGCUGAUUGUCGAUCAGUAUGACCCCGCAGGCUGGAGAAAUGUGUUCUACAUCGCAUCUGCGAUCGCAGCAUUUGCCGCCGUCUUCUUCCACAUCUUCGGGUCGGGAGAGGAACAGGAAUGGGCCAGAGAAGUCGAGAUAGAACUAGAAGACAAAGAGAGCUUGAAGAAAGAUGAAGUGUAUCCUAUCUACAACCCUGGCUACGUCAAUGCGCAAGAUUCCGUCCAGUAAACCAUCAAUAAUGUUCACUGCACUACUUAUAGCUACUUGCUCCCUCUAUACAUGUAUAGAGAAAAAUGCCUAAGCGGUACCCGUUGG